AUGGACGCACCAGAUAUUACUUAUGAGCAUCAGGAUACAUCCGUUCCGAACAGAUCUGGAAUAAUCCCCACCCUUCAGAACGUUGUUGCAACGGUCAAUCUGAACUGUAAGCUUGAUUUGAAGAAUAUAGCCCUUCGAGCUAGAAAUGCGGAAUACAAUCCGAAAAGAUUUGCUGCCGUGAUAAUGAGGAUAAGAGAGCCAAAAACCACUGCGCUGAUUUUUGCCUCGGGAAAGAUGGUUAUAACAGGAGCAAAAAGCGAGAAAAGCUCGAAAAUGGCAGCUCAGAGAUAUGCAAAGAUAAUACACAAGCUAGGGUUUAACGCAACAUUCGAUGACUUCAAGAUACAGAACAUAGUUUCGUCUUGUGACAUCAAAUUCAGCAUCAGGUUGGAGGGAUUGGCAUACGCCCAUAGCAAUUACUGCAGCUACGAGCCGGAGCUCUUCCCUGGGCUGAUAUACAGGAUGGUCAAGCCUAAGAUUGUACUUCUAAUAUUUGUUUCUGGAAAGAUCGUUCUUACUGGCGCAAAGGUGAGAGAUGACAUUUACCAGGCAUUCAACAAUAUAUAUCCUGUAUUAAUACAAUACAAAAAGACAUAA